GUGGUUGAUUCAAAACAGAGCAUAACAUUCAGCAGUGCCACAUCGCAAAUUGUUAGUUUGUUUUUUUUUUUAUCAAAUCGUUACAAAACAAUUAUUUCUUUUUGAUGACCCAGUCAAAUGUUCACAACGUUUUGUAAAUAGGAAAUCGUGAGCCUUGCCAACGACAUAGUAAUUCAAAAAGAGCUUGGAACUGCUUCAUCUCGUGAUAACUCUAAGAGAGUUCAGAUUUUGCCACCACCGGAAUUUUUCUUCUGAGAGCGAGAGCAAAGCCCUUGGAUAACCUGUGUUAGUUCUCAGUGCUCACUUUACUGCAGUUGAAUAAUUUCCUACCUGCGAGACGGAUGACGUGUUUGUCCUUGUGCGAAUAUUGUGCAAAAAUUUUCAUCAAUUAGCAAAUCAGUUAGUUUGAAGCAGUCAGUACCGUUCAGUUCACUAGUGGCUGGAAAAAUAGCAUCCAGCGUGUCGAUAGCACCCAAGGAAGCCAUAUAUCAUAUGAUUGGGAUUUUCCAGCCGGAAUUGGCCGGCCAUCACAGAGAAACACCAGCACUAAAAGGAGCACCGCUUUCUCCCCUCUUACGGAGUUUAGGUGAUACAUUGUGCAUGAUUUCUCGACAGCGUAGCAUAAGUCACAGGACUUCAAAGUAUUCCAGCAAUAGACAUCGGAAACUGCAACCAUUUAGAGAAACGUGAACAACACGUUGCAUUUUCGAAACAGUUUGUCUAAAAAAUCAGCAAACAAAUUGAGAUCCGUCUACGCUAGCAUUUCAGCAAAAGACCGCUGCCGUACUGUCAUUUAUAUCGCUAAAAAAAACAGAUCGUGUAUGUUAGAAGCAGGGUGUACAACAUUCGAAGCUGCUAACUGCGUGAUAAGCUUUCCCAGAAGUGACGUUUACUUUUAAGAUUUCUCCUUUAUAAUUUUUGCUAAUUCAGCACUAUCUCCCGUUUCGUUUAUUUAUGUUUUUGAAUAUUUGGUUUAUCUUUCAAUAGCAGUGAUUCGUAUUUUGUUUUCUAUUUUGAUUUCGUUUCCCAUUCUCGUACGCGGAUUUCAGAUAUCGCUGCUGUGUGACCCUUAUAAAGCUCCUUUCGUAGUUUCUUUAGAAGCUACACCCUUAUUACUCCAACUAAGCAGCGGAGCACUCCAGUUACUGUGAGGAGAUUGUGCAGCGAGUGGAAACUUAUCGUUAUUGCGCGUCGGCGGAAAACAAGAAUCCAUAACCAAUAUACAAAUGCUUUUGAUAUUAUUCGCGAUACCACAACAAAACGAAGACGGAGUUUUAAUUACCAGCAAUAUCGGCACCUCAAAUCACAACAAUUGCGCCCAUAAGAAAGGACAGUGCGUUCAUUGGGAACACACGCAGGCCCUACACACGCAGACCCUACCACAACAGCAACAGCAGAUGAAUUUAGCCUACAGUUAAAAUCACUAGAUGGUAAAUUAAGCGACCGCCAGGCUAUCAGUAAUUUGGGAGCAGUAUCGAUUGGCACACUCCAAAAGUUUUUGAAGCGGCAAUAAAUCUAAACAAGAAAAUUUGCUCUUAAUAGAUCCAUCCCAUCUAUUUGGCUUGAGAAGCAAUAACAGCAUCAUCAUGGGUACCGUCAACGUGAACCGAAAUGUUACGGAUGUUUUUUACCGUUAUAAGAUGCCGAGAAUCAAUGCUAAGGUAGAAGGAAAAGGAAACGGUAUUAAAACAGUCAUCGUCAAUAUGGCGGAAGUUGCUCGCGCCAUUGGUCGCCCGGCAACGUAUCCAACCAAGUAUUUCGGUUGCGAAUUGGGAGCUCAAACACAGUUUGAUUAUAAGAAUGAACGUUUUAUUGUUAAUGGUUCUCACGAUGCAAACAAACUGCAGGACCUAUUAGACGGAUUUAUUCGUAAGUUUGUGCUAUGCCCGGAGUGUGAUAAUCCCGAAACCGAACUGCUUGUGUCCUCUAAAAAAGGUACCAUCUCACAGGGAUGUAAAGCGUGUGGUUUCCACGGUCCCCUUGAGGUUAACCACAAGGUAAAUACAUUCAUUAUCAAAAAUCCUCCAAAUGUCAAUCCGGCCAGCCAAGGAGCAUCACUAACUGAAGGAAAACGUAGUAAACGUUCCAAGAAAGCGGGUGAGAAUGGUGACGAUUCGACCGCCAACAAUAGCACUGUCAACGAUGCGGAUACUACGGCGACUGCGGACGAAACAAUUGAUUCGCAAAUCGGAGAGGAUAAUGGGGACGAUGAUGUUAAUUGGACAGUAGAUACAUCGGAAGAAGCCGUUCGUGCUCGAAUGCAAGAUCUUACCGAUGGAGCAAAAAAUAUUACAGUUUCUGAUGACUUUGAUAAGACCGAGAAAGAACGAUUGGAUAUUUUCUAUGAGCAGGUUAAGAAAAAGCGUGAUUCUGGCGAUCUUGAGAAUGUGCAGACUCACAAAGAGCUUGCCACUGAAGCUAGUCGCUUAGAUAUUCAAUCAAAGUCAACUCUCGUUCUGGCAGAACUGCUAUUCACUGCAAAUAUUGUGCAGGAAGCUCGCAAACAUCGUAAGUUGUUGCUCCGUUUCACACACAACGAUGUAAAAGCCCAAAAGUACUUCAUUGGUGGAUUGGAACAGAUUAUUUCCUUACAUGCUGAUAAGCUUAUGGAUAAGGUUCCUGGUAUCUUGAAAUUGUUUUAUGAUACUGACGUACUCGAAGAGAAAGCUAUCCUGGAGUGGUCCCAAAAGGUGAGCAAGAAGUAUGUUUCCAAGGACGUCGCCACACAGAUUCACGAGAAAGCAAAUCCGUUCGUGAAAUGGCUCCAGGAAGCAGAAGAAGAAGAAUCAUCUGAGGACGAAGAUGAUUCCGAAGUGGAAAUCGAGUAUGACGAUCGUGCCAAAACCGAUUCGCUACGUAAAGAACCAACCAAAUCUGAGGUGAAAAAAUCGACUAAAUUAGCAGAUGAUGAAGAAGAUGGCGAUGAUCUUAAUAUUGAUGAUAUCUAAAUGCAACAAUCUAUGCAAAAUCAAAUCAGUUUUGUGAAUCCCUAUUGAAAAUUGAACUGUUAUCGUUUAGCCAUAAAUUCAACAACCAAGUAAAUUAAUGCUCCUAUAUUGUAGAAAACAACCCAGAUUAAAAGUAGAACGAAAAUAUUAAUUAUAAAUGCUGUAGCAUCUGUCUGGAAGCGAAGCGACACGGUCAAUUUGAAGAGAAAUCAAACGCAAUUUUAUUGUCAUUUCCACGACUUCAUAUUUACAAUAACCUUAAAACUACUGAAUGAUUUACUUAGAUAUGUAUCUUUAUUAUGAAUUUGUCUUCUUCGAGGGAUCAAUGCCAUGAAUAAUUACAUACCUUCUGUUUUUUGUAUGCGCUAUCAUUUGUCUGUGUUUAUAUUUCUUAGUUUAUUAACUGAUGCGUAUAAAUUAAAUGCAUUAUGGUGUAAUCUGCUACUAAGCAACGCAGGGCAAGCAUAUUCGUUUGUUUGAAAAUGGAACAAAAUAUUACAGAUACGAAUAUAACUAAUCAAAUUACGUUCAUCAAAAUGCACAUAUAUGAACAAA